CCUACUCUCUGUGUUCAGCAAAGAUGAAGAAGCGCUCGACUUACUUCUAAAGAAUAGGACUCUUUCAUCUUGAACACUCUCCCUGGCUAAGCAACCUUCCAUUUCAAAACCCUAUUCCCAAGACGGCAUAAAAUUACGGGUCCUUUGCCUCACAAAAACGUAAACAUUCGUCACUAGUUUAAGCUCUAACUGACGUCAAGCGUGCCAAAGCUAAGCUACCGCGACGAUAUCCCCAAGAACUUACUCCCAAAAUGGCCUUGCUCGCGCUGAAGGCAUUGAGCAUUGGCUCUGAGAAGAUCCCGGACAAAGCAUUUCACACUCUAUCUUAUUUCAGGCCUGAAGGCGAGGAAACCCCAAUAAAAUUCGGUCGUUCCAAAUCGAAAUCGGACAAAAAGAAGAAGAAGAAGGACGCUGGGAAGAAGAUGCACGACAACAGUGACAGCCGUAGCAAUGAUGAAGACGUUCGAUCGCAGGCAAAUAGCAGAAAGAAAGAAAAAAGUGAAGACUACUCGGCGUCUGAAUCUGGAAAUGACACAGAAGAGUCAUCAAGGAGAAGGCUUUCACAGCGGCCAACGCGGCGGAAUCGUCGUUACACAAGCAGUCAGCAUUUGGACCGUGGUUAUGAUUCGGACGGAAUGACGCGAGACCAAUAUCAGCAGUCACGCGGAAUUCCUCCAUCGUGGGAACCCGGGACCGGUCCAUAUUUUCCACCGCCACCUGUCCAGGCAUACGAAGACUACCCAAAUGAGCGGCUUGAAUCAGAUAGACGAUUCACUGGAAAUGACGCGAGCUACAUGAAAAAGGAUAUAUAUGAUCGUGACUCAGAAUUAUCAACGCAAAAUUCUGGGCUGUACUCAAACCGACAAACCGCUGCUCCGCCUUAUCAAUCCAAUUUAUCUUCAGUGGAGACUGAACACCCUCGUCCUAAUACGGAGAGGUUGGGUAAUCAGUACUACAUGGCGUCUUCUUUUGCACCGUCGCCUCAAAAUCAGCCUCAAGGGAGCUGGGAGCCAAGGCGUAAUUCUAUAAACCCUGGCUAUACACCACACGCUGGUUACGCUGAGAAUUUCACAAGUGGGCACCAACCGCCUCAGCAGCAACAAUAUCACAUGCCAGAUGCUCAGUCAUAUCAAGCUCCGUACAAUAUGUCCGCUGGGCCAAACGGUUAUGCCACAGGCGGCGCCUAUCCGACCUACGUUCCUCCCCAGGACAACUGGACCCCUUCACGAUCACCUUCAAGAGAUAGUCAUCGCCGUGGUCACCGCGACCGCAGAUCUAGAAGCGACCGAAACAUUCAUGACGAAGAACGCUCAAGAUCCAGAUCAAUUGACAGCUCUCGAGAUCAUUCAAGGGACCGUAAUCGACAUCGAGAUGAUGACCGUCGCAAAGAAAGAAGGCGCAGCCGCUCGAUAGCAGCACAGGCUAAGGAUGCUCUGAAGAGCAAUCGCGAUGUUGCUUCUUCAGCCCUUGGCGUUGUCGCCGGCGGUUUAAUCGGCAACCAAGUCGGUCGUGGCAACCGUUUCGGAACCCUCGCAGGCGCAGUACUUGGCGGCUUUGGUGCCAACUUGUGGGAGAAACAGCAUGCUGAUAAGAAGGAGAAGCGUGAAAGACGAGGACACGAUGGCCAAGUUUCCAGGUACCGUUCGCAUGAAGUGUCCCGUGGUCGUCGUUAUUACGAUGAUCACGGUUAUGAAUCUGACUGAUUUAUUCGUCUGCCCUCUGCCUGAUUGGUUGAUGUUGAUGGUAGCAUUGGAGAUGCUACGUGUACUAAUUUUUGGUGUAAAAUAGAGAGGCUCGGGAUAGUUACGACAACCGCAAACUGCAUCAACGAGACCGAGACAGAAAGCCCAAAACAACAUCAGGCAGCGAAGGAUAUCCUAUUCAGGAUUCACGGCCACUAUCAGUUCUUGCAGAUCACGAACUUAAAGCUUUAUAUCGAGAACGAUCCCGCCAUCCAUAUGCACGGUGUAGCCAACAACGACGAGCUUCACCCCACGUACAUUUUGCAACGCCGGAAGUCGGAGAAUAUGUCAAGACUGCCUCAGCAGCAUGUACAGAGAAGGAUCUCACCUUCUGCUCAGAUCGUGCUAAAGGGCAAUACUGCAUGCGCAAUGCGUCAACGCAGACUGUUUCGUGGGAGCAGUCGAGUUAUGAUGCACGAUCGUAUAAGCAGAGCAGCAGAGACCACGUUGAACAAUUGAACAGAGACAUCUCAAGCACGAAGAAAUCUUCCAAGAAAGCGAAAGGGAGUAAAAAGGUGUCCCGAAAAGGCGUUUGGGACGGGACGACCGUGGAAGAGGUAUUCAUGGAGAUAACAGGGGUGACAAUCGGGAACAAGGAGAUGAUGAAAUCGAGUUGGAAGAAUUAGGACUGCUCACUACUCAGAUAUAAGGUGCGUUUCGUGGAAUAGUCGUCUUCAUUGCAUAGCUAUGGAAGUUGAAUAACGAAAGCGACGGCCGUGAAAAUUACCUCAAUUGUAGAUCUUGAACGAAUGACACGACUUCGUAGAAUGAGGGCUCUACACUUUGGAUGCCUCCCAAUAUUUUCU